GAGGAUGAGCAAGACGAUGAGCAAGACGAGAUUGGCCCGAUGCCCAUGCCGCUUGGUGAAGGGCCUCGGAAGAAGAGAAAACUGCUACCACAUGAAAGCCUUUUCUUGGAACAUCUACCCACCGCAGACAGAUAUUGGAAAAGUUUCAUGCAUCGCGACUUCGUCAACUUUGUCACUGUAACAAAGACCGAGUUCAUCAUUACCACUUCCGUGGACGGUCAUGUGAAAUUCUGGAAGAAGCAGCAGACGGGCGUCGAGUUCGUCAAACAUUAUCGAGCACACCUGACUGCGAUUGUGGCGGUUUCCGCUAGUGCCGAUGGCAAUCUGUACGCGAGCGUCGCUGAGGAUGGUACUGCGAAAGUAUUCGAUGUUGUCAAUUUCGACAUGAUUAAUAUGAUCAAACUCGGGUUUACACCCUUGUCUUGCUGCUGGGUGCACGGAACAGGGAAAGGAAGAUCCAUAUUGGCUGUAUCCGAGCGAGGAAAUAGCACCAUUCGCUUCUACGAUGGUCGUGGGGACGGCCAGCCAUUCGACAGUGUCAAUUCGCUGCAUCGCUCCCCAGUACAUAUGAUGACCGCACGUCUGUAUGAUUCCAGCAGUUACUCGGAUAAGUAUGACAUCGUCAUUUCCGCCGACGAGGGGGGAUUUGUGGAAUACUGGCAACCACAAGAACCGUGGAGCCUGCCAAAAACCAUAUCCGGCCUUUGGCAGUUCAAGAGCAAUACAGACUUGUAUGAGUUUAAGAGGACGAAGAGCCUCCCCACUUCCCUUACACUCUCACCGGACUCGUCACAUUUUGUUGUGUUAUCCAUGUCAGAUAGGCAGAUACGUAUUUUCAACUUCCUGACCGGGAAAAUGGUCAGAAAGUACGAUGAAUCUCUUUCAGCGAUACAAGAGAUGCAACAGGCUGAGACAGCUGUUUCCAAGGUGGAGGACAUGGAAUUUGGUCGGAGGUUAGCAGCUGAGAGAGAGCUGGAGAAGGAUGUCAAGGCAGCUGCAACUGCCAACGCGGUCUGGGACGAAAGUGGGAACUUCGUGCUAUAUGCGACGUUACUUGGCAUAAAAGUCAUCAACAUCGUCACUAAUCGCGUGGUUCGGCUGCUUGGAAAGGACGAAACUUUGCGCUGGCUGAAUUUAAGUCUCUAUCAAGGCGCCCCCGAGAAGAAAGGCUUUGUCACUGCCGCCAUGGCAGCGUCGGCAAACCCCAUAUUAGAAGCUAAGGAGACACGCGACCCAACUCUUUUCUGUACUGCCUUCAAAAGAGGUCGGUUUUAUAUGUUUGGGCGUCUAGAACCCGAAGAGGUCAAAGGCCAAGGCGAUCGUGAUGUCUUGAACGAACGCCCUACCCGAGAUGAGCAGACAAUGGCUGCUUCCAUACCGAUCAAGAAGACAGCUGUUUUGGCCACGCAAGCUGUCAUACAUACCGAAUUAGGUGACAUCCACAUCCGCCUCUUCCCCGAGUAUGCUCCCAAGGCUGUGGAAAAUUUUGUCGGCCAUGCCAAAUCUGGAUAUUUUGAAGGUGUCAUCUUCCAUCGGGUUAUUCCCAAAUUUAUGAUUCAAACCGGUGAUCCACUGGGAGACGGGACAGGAGGGACGUCAAUAUGGGGCACGGAAUUCGAAGAUGAAUUCACUCCAGCUUUACGGCAUGAUAGGCCGUACACAGUAAGCAUGGCAAACGCAGGUCCUAACACUAAUGGAUCACAAUUUUUUGUUACUACAACCGUAUGCCCUUGGUUGGACAACAAACACACCAUAUUUGGACGUGUUGUUCACGGCCUCGAAGUUGUUCAUGUCAUAGAGAAUGUAAAAACCGACAAAGUGGACAAGCCGUACGAGGACAUCAAAAUUGUCAAUGUGUCCGUCGAGUAAUAGGAAUGGAGAAUAGUUCAUGUCAUCUUGAUCGGUCUGCUUCGCACUUGGACGGUAUUCGUGGUAAUGUUUCACAGCACAUAAACAGUUGUACGGCAUAUAAAAGAAGAGCGAACUGCAAUCAAAUACCGGUCUGAACACUCUGCGCCAUCUCGUCACCUCUACCAUCAUAUGAAAACCCCGCGAAUUGGGCUUGUACUGUGGACGAAAGCUGUGAAUCCGCUACGACGCUGUCCAGUGGUUCCUCAGACGUGAAGACUUGGUCGAAGUUGCUGGUGUCUAUUGCGCUUGCCACACUUGGCUUGAAGGGAGGCUGUAUCUGCUUCGCCGCGAGUUUCUUCCAGUCGAUAUGCCGACUGAAGAAGGGAUGUGCUUUGAUGUCCUGUGCCCCAUUCACACCAAGUCGUCUCGAUGGAUCCCUGUUCAACAAGCCCGUGAGAAUGCUGCGAGCUUCUGCACCCAUGUCGUCAGGGAAUACGAGAGGAUCAUACAUGAUCCUCUUGUACAUCUCGGGUGUAUUCUCAUCGUAGAAGGGAGGCAAGCCAGUCAUCAUUUCGUAAAGCAAAACACCAAGUGUCCACCAGUCCACUGUUUUAGCGUAGCCUUGGUUUGUCAAUAGUUCAGGAGCCAAGUACUCGGGGGUUCCACAGAACGUGUUGGUGGUUUCAUUGUCGGUCAUGUUGAGCUUACAGAGUCCGAAAUCACAAAGGGCUAUGUGACCCGUGUAGUCCAAAAGAAUAUUUUCGGGCUUCAAGUCACGAUAUACCACGUUGAAGUCAUGGAGAUGUUCAAGCGCCAGCAAUAGCUCAGCAGCGUAAAACCUGCUGCGCUCCUCGCUAAAUCGUUGCUCGCGCUGAAGAUGGUGGAAGAGCUCGCCACCGUUGACAAAGGCUAGCACAAGAUAUAGCUUUUCAGGGGAUUGGAAGCUGAACUUGAGGGGAACGACGAAGGGGUUGUUGACCUGGGCGAGGACCGUUCGCUCUGCCAAUGUAUGUGUGACUUCCGAUUUAUUCACGAUGUGAGCUUUGCGUAUUGUCUUCAAAGCAUAAAUUCGACCCGUGUCUCGUUUGCGAACUUGCAUAACCUUGCCAAAGCUUCCUUUCCCAACCACCUGAAGCAGCUCAAACGAAUGAAUAGUAAGCGGCACAGCCUGGCUAAUCGAUUUGUACAUGAUCUGCAAGUUCACUUCACCUGACCCUCCCGUAAGGGGAAUCCAUUCGUUGAUAACUCUGGUGCUGGCCGUUUCGAAAUCAGGCAUGAACUUGACGCCUCCCAAGUAGAGAUCAGAUUUGCCCAUGGAAUCCACGCCAGCAUCGUUAACCGCGUCACCGGCGCCAGAUCUCAAGUAUAAUUGUAAGGAAACCUCGCCGGAUCGGGACACAUCGAAGUGCGUUCGAUACAUCCAAAUCGGUCCCGCGAUGUCACCUCCCAAUGCAUCAAGUAGGAUUUCAUUUUUAUCGAACUCGAUGAUGACAUACGGAAGCCACCAGACCUGCUUUCGCUGAAGGCUCUCCCGGUUCUUUGACGAGCGAGCUUGCUGCUGCUGCUUGCUUACACUUGCGGCCGAUACACUGGACGCCACCUGAGCCUCUUGAGAUCUGAGUGCUUUUUCGACCGCUGACGGCAAUGGGACGCCGUUGGGAAGGGAAAGGCCGCGAGCUUGGGCAACACAGACAGUUAACAGACCAGAGCGGCUCACAGAGGCCUUGUCGAACGACCCAUUCACGUUGCCAGGAGUCGGGGUGGUUGAUCGACUGAUAUCAGCACUCGCAGUUAGGGACGGGUUUGACGAUUUGGUAGAAAGCGUCGCGUCUUUGAUCUUUUUCCCAAUCUUCCAAGACAUAGUGGGUAUACGAGGGUCUCG